CCAAAAUAUGGUGUGAUAAGUCAAUUUCCGGUAAUGGUCUCGUCGAGUAACGAAACCAUUUUAGAAAACUACUCCUCCGCAAGAUCGUUCGAACAUUUCGAAGUUGGUUACUCGAUAUUUGGAUUGAAACGUUACAAUAUCACGGUUGAAUUAACCGCAAGUCAUAGAGUUGGUCUUCAUCGAUAUACUUUCCCUAUAGCUAAAGAUAAUGCAAAAGUUAUCCUUAAUUUAUCUCAUAUUCUUUCUUUUGGUUGGGGCGGGGCGAUAAUCUCUCUCUCUAAUAAUCAGAUAAAGGGAGUAGGUCAAUAUAAAGGUGGUUGGAAUAGUGAUGGCCUAUAUAAAGUUUACUUUUGUUCCCAAUUUAAUGUUAAUGCUACUGAUCAAGCACCUUGGUGGAAUAACAGAAUAAAUGAAAACAUGACAUCUUAUGUUGGAACUACCGGUAAUAAAAUUGGUGCAAUUCUAACUUUUGAUACUAUCAAAAACCCCAUAAUUAUUUCGAGGGUUGGGAUUUCAUUCAUUUCAUCUGACCAGGCUUGUGAUAACGCUGAAAGCGAGAUACCUGAUUGGGAUUUUGAUAUUGUAAGGCAGAAGAAUGUUGAUGCCUGGAAUAAUGAAUUGGGAAAGAUUAAGGUUGAAAGUGAUGAUGAAUAUCUUAAAACGAUUUUUUAUAGUGGUUUAUAUCGGACUAUGAUAAUUCCAAGCGACAGAACCGGUGAAAAUCCAAAAUGGAAGACAGUUGAUAAAAAUGGAAAACCUGUACCAUAUUAUGAAGAUUUUUAUACUUUG